AUGCAGCAUGCCAACUUCCCUGAUUGGUUUAGAGAUCAUGUAAUGCAGCUGGAGCAGCAAAGGGGUACUGACAGCAUCGAUGAUGAUAUUAGAUGGUUGGCUCGUGGUCCAAUUGAGGUUGCACGAAGAUACAUAGGCUUCUGUACCCGUGGAUAUAGAUUUAGACCCAAGCGUUAUGAUAAGAAGACGCAAAACAGUGGAGUUGUUUUGACCACAAAAACAUCAAGUUAUGCUUCUGCAGGUGAUACUAACCCUAUACUUGGAGAUGUCAUGUACUAUGGGAAGAUAGUUGACAUAAUUGAGUUGGAUUAUUAUAGAAAAUUUUCGGUGGUGCUAUUCAAAUAUGAAUGGGUUAAUAGUACUAAAGAAAAAGAAGUAAAAAAAGAUAGGUUUGGUCAUACGCUUGUGAAUUUUUCACAGCAAGUCCAUGGUGGUGAGAAGAUAGAGGAUGAGCCUUUUGUAUUUGCCAAUCAAGUUGACCAAGUUUUCUAUACGAAAGACCGUACAAAUCCUGGAUGGUCAUUUGUGACGAAGGUGACUCCUCGAGACAAUUUUGACAUGGGUGAAGAAUGGAAUGAUAUAGAAAGUGAACCUUAUCAUGUCAGUAAUCUGGGUGAGCUUUUUGAUACUGCGCAUGGGAAUGAAAUGUGGACUAGAAGAGAUAUAGAGGGCACAACUGUAGAUCCUAUUACAAGUUCUGAUCCUGAAGCUUUGGAACUAAAUGAAAGCUGAUGCUCGGGGUGAAGUUAAUUUGAGAAUAAUGCCAAUGUUGCUGAACAAUCAUUCAAAGGAAAUGCGAUUCAAACGUCGUCGUCGAAGCAUGUUCAUGAACUUCAAUCUAUCAGAUACAAGUGGCCAAGGAAAUACCUCAGUUUUGUUAGCACACCUACUUCUCCAAGUCCACAUGAGGGAAUGCAUCCUUCUUUGUAUUUACCACCAUUUCUGCUACCUGUUAAGCGUAACUGCCCCAUGUAAAUUUCUUCUUGCUGUAGCUACAGUUAGGAUUCAGUGGUAAGUUGUCAGAUGUGGCAUUUGUGCAUUCAAUGUUGAAUGUACUGGGUGUUUGAUUUCUCAUGAAUUUGAAUACAGUUUGUUUUCUCAAUGAUUUAUCUAGAAUAUGUGUUGUUUUUAUUUAUUUUGAUUUAAAAUCAA